AUGAACGAUACCCCAGAAAUAUACCCGCUUGGCAGGGACAAGGCUGAGUCCAGUCGAAUAUGCCUUGUUGAAGCCCGGGAUUCCUUGAACACCAAACGCUUCUCCCCAGACCGCUGCUUCCACGGUUUUGAUAUAUCUUCUACCCAGUUUCAUUUAUCCCUUCCCGCAGGGAUUGGGUUCUCAGUGCAGGAUAUCUUGAACUCGUUCCCAGUCGAGCAUCAUAAUCGUUAUGACUUGGUAUAUGUUAAGAUGCUUGUUACAGCAAUUAAAAAUACCGAGUAUCGGGAUGCCGUGAAGAUUCAGUUGACAAUGUUAAGUAUAACCCGGUGGCUCCGUUCCAUUGGGUUAAGCUCGACUGCUCUGCCCUCCCAAAUUUCUAAGGAUUCCCAAAAUCCUAGCUCGGCUAUUAUAGUAUCCUCAUGGCUGAGAUUCUUUCAGCUGAAUGGAGUCAGUGAAUCUGCUCCGUCCAUAAUAGAGGACGCAUAUGACGAUUCAGGGCUGGUGGAUAUCGUUAACACGUCCUUUUCCCUGGAUGGACGUGGCGAGGACCUAAAAGCUAAGGCGCAGAAAUGGCAGAUGCAGGCCUUUCUGGCGGACACAGAAACGAUUAUGCUAGAAAUCGGGUUGGAAGGCGAUUCUGAGGAGGCGCAACAGAGAGCUGAGGAAGCGAAUAGAAAUCUGGGUACUCAUUUCGCUGAAGGUGGUGUUGUGGGAUUCUGCUUUGGCAGUGUAGUUGGUCGGAAAAUGGUCUCAUAUGCCCUGAUAAAGGAUAUUUUAGGACAUCUUACACUGGAACCGGCUGGCUCACGCGCUGUAAGGGUGGCUCUUAUGGUCUUAUUCCGACAUCAAUAA